CCAGCCGCCUGGGCCGAUUUCAUCACCAGGGACAUUGACCUGACAUUUGUAGAAUGCGCCUCCCGCACGACACGGCCGACUCACAAGCUCAUAUCGGCCCCUCCGGGUUCUCGAGAGGUCACCAGACGAACAAGCAGUACCCAUCAACUUCACAUCCCCGUUGUCCAAUUGAUCCGUGAUCCCUGAACCUGCCAAGCGAGUCGCCUGUCGACGUGUUGACUGUUAUCGAUACCCAACCACAGAUCCAUCGACCGCACUACGCCCAGUGCUCCGCAUCAUGGCACUACCAACUGGGCACCUCAAGUCAUCUCAGGGAGGAGGAUACGGUUCUCCUCGCAGCUCUCCCUUUCGACGACCCGAGUCUCCUGCAUCGCCAUCGCCGCUCCGACACACCACACCGCUAGCAUCGCCGUCCAGACCAGGCCAGACGAACAGUAGCUCGCGAUUCGCAGCGUCCACCCCAACCGGGACCUCUGAGAGCCUCACGCCAAGAGGGCCGGCAAGUACACAGCAGCCACCACCACCACCAGAGAUGUUUGGGUCACCACGUGCGCAGCGCCCCGCACCGGUCACGACUGCAUCCUCCACAUCUAUCACGGGCCAUAGCAGCGCAUUGUCACAACUGCAACCUGCACAGGUGCGGACCUUGCGCGAGGGCUUCCAGAUCCUGGACAGGGAUAGCGACGGCACAGUGAACAGGGAGGAUGUCGCCGACAUGCUGAACCAGCUCGGCCUACCGUCUUCUGCGGCAGACGUGUCGAGCUUUUUCCCUUCCUCUGCGCCACAGACGAUCACGCUUGCGGCUUUCCUCAACAACGUGGCCAGCAGCCUUGCGCCGCUCUCCCCCAGUGCCGAGCUCGCCUCGGCAUUUUCUGCCUUUGACGACGACGACAGCGGCCAGAUCGACCUGGCGGAGCUUCGGGAUGCGCUGCUGCAUACCGCACCCGAGGCGGGCGAGAGACCACUGACAGCCGCAGAAAUUGACCAGGUCAUGAGCGGGUUCACCGGGAAGAGGGCCUUUGGAAGCAAGGUAAAAGGUGGAGGUGCAGCAGGCUUUGGCAAGAGGGGCGAAGUGUUUCGCUACCACGAGUUCGUGAACUCCAUCGCCGGUAGAGGCCAUGGAAGCGGAGGGGCGGCCGAGGAGGACGAGGAAAAGGCGUGAUGAUGUGUGAUGAUUGACGAUGCAUAGCUUAUGGGAUUCCGGGCAACUGAGUGGGCUUGUCACUAUUUCGAAAUAUAAUAGCAGACCGAUUGGUGAUCAUGCGUCCGACCUGGUGUUCUUUCUUGCCAGAACAUGAGGUUAGACAUGAGGAGCCGAUGUAUAUACAAUGUCUGCAGAUCAUUUGGUGAAGGGGUUGCCGACGCCUUCAGCCCCUCUAAUCACGGAUCUUGGGCGUAAAGGAAAUGUCCACCAAUAUGUGUGUAUUUUCAGAAGGUACGGAUUGUGUCUGCGGGCAUGUACAUUGAAUAUUGUCUGUCUUGGGGUUGUGUACAUGGUCCUCACGUUGGUGGUUGAUUUGCACGGCUGGGUCUGCAUUGCGUCAUUGCACUACGGGCAAGUCUAGACGGGGUUGAAGGACAGCGGCGACCGGGAGCGUUUGCAGUUCAGAGCCAACCUGCAUGCCAGCCAGCUGCCAGCAUAGUCCUUGAUUACAGACCUGACAGGCAGACAGG